UUAACGGCUUCUCUCCUUCUCCUUCAAUCUAUGCAUGCUGAUACACAUCAGAAACCCUCGAAAGAUCUCAUCUUUAGCUCGUCAUGCUCUUCAUUCUCCUAAUGCCUACUCCUCCCAACCCUCUCAUGCGGCGGCGGCGGCUCGCGAUGUCGCGCAAUUACUAAAAACCCCAAAUUGGGAGAAAAGCACCACUCUCAAAUCCCUAGCCUCCCACUUGAGCCCACACAUCGCUUCACAAGUAAUCUCCCUUCAAAGCAACCAAACCAACACGUGCGUCCGCUUCUUCACAUGGAUCUCCAAACACUCCUCCUACUGCUUCUCCCCAUUUCAAAAAACCCACCUCCUGAAACUAAUCAUCUCCUCCGGUCUCUACCAAAUCGCGCAUAGCGUCACCCUCGCGUUGAUCAGAGAGUUCAGCAGACACGAGAGAGAGAUCCUGAGACUAAUGGAUUGUUUCGAUGAUGCUGGGUUCAGAUUGAACUACCCUUGCUACAGCUCGCUUCUGAUGUCUUUGGCUAAGCUUGACUUAGGCCUCUUGGCUUACUCGACUUAUAAAAGAAUGGAAGCUGAUGGGUUUCUCCCUGGGGAGAUUGAUUACAGAACAAUCGUCAACGCUCUCUGCAAGAACGGCUUUACUGAGCCUGCAGAGAUGUUUAUGUGCAAGAUUGUUAAAAUCGGGUUUGUGUUAGACUCCCAUAUAUGCACUUCUUUGGUUCUUGGUUUUUGCCGUGUGUUGAAUCUUGGAGACGCUCUUAGAGUGUUUAACGUGAUGUCUAGAGAGGAAGGUUCUGAACCAAACUCUGUUACUUACUCUAAUUUGAUUCACGGGUUGUGUGAAGUAGGGAGACUUGAUGAAGCUUUUGUGUUUAAAGAACAAAUGGGUGAGAAAGGUUGUGAGCCGAGUACACGUACGUAUACUGUGCUUAUUAAAGCGUUGUGUGAUAAGGGUUUGGUUGAGAAAGCUUUUAUCUUGUUUGAUGAGAUGAGGACUAAAGGGUGUAAGGCGAAUGUUCAUACCUAUACGGUUUUGAUUGAUGGGUUGUGUAGAGAGGGGAAGGUUGAAGAGGCUAAUGGUGUUUAUCGAAAGAUGUGUGAGGACGGGGUGUACCCUAGCGUGGUGACUUACAACGCGUUGAUUAAUGGUUACUGCAAGGAUGGGAGGAUCGUUCAGGCUUUUGAGGUUCUUGCUGUGAUGGAGAAGAGGGGUUGCAAACCGAAUGUGAGGACUUUUAACGAGCUUAUGGGAGGUUUGUGUAGAGUUGGGAAACCGUUUAAGGCUGUGUACCUUUUGAAGAGAAUGGUUGGUGAUGGUUUGUUACCUGACGUUGUGAGCUAUAACGUUUUGAUCGAUGGGGUUUGUAGAGAAGGGUUUAUGAAUGUGGCGUACAAGCUUCUUGGUUCGAUGAGUUCGUUUGGCAUUGAGCCUGAUUGUGUAACGUUUACGGGUAUAAUCGAUGGUUUAUGCAAGCAAGGGAAGGUUGAUGUAGCGAGUUCGUUCUUAAGUUUGAUGAUUAGAAAAGGGAUAAAGGUAGAUGAAGUUACUUGUACAGCUCUUAUCGAUGGGUUCUGUAAACUCGGUAAAACUCGGGAUGCGUUGUUUAUACUAGAGACGUUGUGUAAGAUGAGACUGUUGACGACUCCUCACUCGCUGAACGUGCUUCUCGACGUGCUGAGUAAAGGCUGUAAUGUCAAAGAGGAGUUAGCGAUGCUUGGGAAGAUUAAUAAGCUCGGUUUAGUUCCUUCUGUGGUGACCUACACAACACUUGUUGAGGGGCUGAUUCGUUCAGGCGAUGUUAGCGGUUCAUUGGGGAUGCUGGAAGCGAUGAAGUCGAGUGGUUGUUUGCCGAAUGUUUAUCCUUACACGAUCAUCAUCAAUGGUCUUUGCCGAUUUGGAAGAUUGGAGGAAGCAGAGAAGCUUCUUGCUGCUAUGCAAGAUUCAGGAGUUUCGCCGAAUCAUGUUACUUAUACCGUUAUGGUGAAAGGAUACGUCGAUAAUGGGAAGCUAGACCGUGCUCUAGAGACCGUUAGUGUUAUGGUUGAAAGAGGAUAUGAACUUAACGAGCGUGUGUAUUCAUCUCUGCUACAUGGACUUGCCUUAUCUCACAAUGCAUGUAUGAACAAGCUAAUAUCAAUGGUUGAAGAGCUAGGUGGAUCAACACGCGGAGUAUAUGGUUUCGUUGUCACACGGCUAUGCAAAGAAGGAAGAACAGAUGAGUCCAACGAACUGAUCCAAACUAUGCUCAAGAGAGGUGUUUAUAUCGAGAAGGCAAUAGACACUAUCAUAGAAUCUUACUGUGGCGGGAAGGAACAGAGCAAGUGUGUGGAGCUGAUCACACUUGUUCUUGGAACCGGGUUCGUCCCGAGUUUCAGAUCCUUCUGCUUAGUGAUUCAAGGUUUGAAGAAGGAAGGAGAGAGUGAGCAGGCGCGUGAGCUGGUGAUGGAGCUUCUGAGAUCAAGUGGGGUUGUAGAGAAGAGUAGAAUGUUGGAUUAUGUUGAGUGUCUGAUGGAAGGAGAUGGAACUGGUGAUUGCAGUGAAGUUAUUGAUCAGUUGCACUGCAAAGAAAGACCUAUCUUCUAAGCUACACUUUUAGCUUUUUGUAUAGCCAUUUUUGGAAAUUCUUUUUUUUUUUUUUUUGUAACAAUUUUUGGAAAUUCUUAUUCUUUUGAUUCCCAGUGUUAAGAGAACUGA